AUGAAAAUGAAUUACAAUACGGUUGGCUCUACCCAAAUGUCUGCCUUUGAAUUACUGAGGAAACCAUGUGUUGAUUUAUCGAAACUUGCAUUUUUGCCAAAAGACGUUUUCGAUCCUAAUAGCAAGGAUCUUACCCUAGCACUUCGAGCAGUAGAUCAUGUCUUAGAGAAGUUAAUAGUGCAAAAUGAUGAGGAAAUGGUUGAAAUUCCACCACAACUGGCUGAUUAUAUAUUCACUCCCAUAGGAAGCUUGCUGAAACAGGAAUCUCUUUCAAAUAUAGCAAGUCAAUACGUUCUAUCAAUCAUAUCAAAUUUGCUAAAGUCUGCAUGGAAUAAAAAGGGAAUGUUCUCUGAAGAAUUGGCUAAACAAUUAUUCCCUAUUAUUACGUAUUUGAUUAAUGAGUCACAGGAUGAGUCUACGUUACAAGAAAGGUCGAAUGAAUUCAAAUAUGUGACUGCUACUGUGUUACAAUCCUUUAUGAAGUCUAUUGAAACACAAAGUUAUCAUAAAGAAUUUUUUUCUACCCAAAAUAGAACCAUGCAACCAAUGGCACACUCAGUAACUAUUCUUUUAAAUAUAUUACAACACACAUCACAGACCCCAGAUGCUCAACUUGCGUGUAUCGACACUUUAUCGAUACUAUACAAUGGCAUCAUACAAGAUGGUGAAACACUUUCAUAUAUUCUACCUGGUAAUGUGUCUGCAAUAUCAAAAUUACUUGUUCUUCCAGGUCGUAAUGUCAAUUAUAAAGUGGUCUGCCAGACAAUAAAGCUCCUUGAAUCAUUACUUCAGAGAGUGUAUGACGAUAUAGAAUUACAUGCGCAUGUUAACGUCAUUGAAGAUAUCACUGAUUUAAUUGGGGAUCAAGGUGAAAUAAAAGAAUUUAAAAAUGAUGAUGUAGUGAUUGAGAAUAAUUUCAAUUUAGAAUCGCGACAUAGAAAUACGAGCUGGCUCAAGGGUACAUCUUCUCAAGUCAAUAUUGCUCUUCAAAGUUUUAUACCGAGACUGUUAAAGCGUAAUAAUAGUAUAAUAAAUGAAUCACUAAUACAAUUUGUCUCAAAUAUUUUAGCGAAUUGUUCGACGUCCCUGGUGGUUUGUAAAGAGAUAUUGAUAUCAGUAUUACUUGAAUUAGAAACAGAUCCAAAUUCUCAAUUGUCUCAAAAUAUAUCACUCGUUAAAAAUCAAAUAAAUGAUGAAUUACAACACCUUCAUACGCAUAUACAAUUCGAUGCUAGCAAGAAAAUUAAAACCUUGGAUUUUGCACUGAAAAUAGUUUCAGGUUAUAGCAUUGAUGCGAAUAGUAUGAUUUACACAAUCGGUACAAUUAUAGACAGUCUGGAUUCACAGAAUGAACCUAGCAAACUUUACGCUUCCAAAAAUGAAAGUACCAUUAUUGAACAAUCAAACAAUAUUAUUAUAUCAGAUAAUUUUGAUCUUUCGAAACCUUCCAAAUCAGAAGUUAGAGUAUUCCAUAAGUUAACAAAUGAGACAGAAAAAAGUAUAAAAUUAUUACUAGAACAUAUAGGUAAAGAAUUAACAAUGAACAAUAAUAUCUCACAGAUUGUUGAAACGCUCACAUCAAAUUUUGAUCCAAAUGAGUCGUCAUUAAUGAAACGUACUAUUACACUAUGGGCCAUAGAUUGUUUGCUUAUAGGCGCUCGGAUGGACGAAACGUUCGAUCAAGGGGAGAUCGAUCUGUAUAUAUUGUUAGAUGAUGCUGACACAUAUGAAGCAUCUGAAGAUGCAGCCUCAGCAUGUUACGCUGCCCUUGAGUUUUCAAAUAACCUGGCUGAUGAGAUUACUAUUGCUUCUGAAGGUAGAGUCAUAAAUAAAGAACAAGAGAUUAGUUUUUGUACAAUUCUCUCUACAAUUAAGACUGUAUCUUCUGUUCUAAAAUAUGGUUUUGAACAGGAAUUAAUAGAAUAUCUGUAUAUCGUAAUUGAGAAUUUAGCUUCUAGUUCUCCCCAGAUUAGAUAUUUUGCACAAGAAUGUUCCAUUGCGAUUGCAAAUGAAUUGUAUGAAGGCAAUGUGAAAACGUUAAUAUCUGAAAAUAUGGAUUAUUUGGUUGAUACGAUAUCAAUUAAAUUGAAUUCCGGUUUGACAGAUCGUAUGUCUACAAUGUUAAUGGUAAUUUAUAAAAUAGUUGGGUAUAAAGCAAUCGAAGCAUUUAGCGAUGUAUUGGAGACAAUAUUCAAGUUGAUAGAUUUUUAUCAUGGUUAUUCCGAAUUGUGUUUGCAGUUCUUUCAGCUAUUCAAGGUUGUUGUGAUCGAAAUGAAGCAUGCUUACCUAGAUACAGACACUUUAUUGUUAGGCAAUGAUCAUGUUGUACCCGUUACGUUUGCUCCAUGGGGAAUUACAAACUUCCAACAAAUACUGAAUAUUUUGGACCGUGAGUCUGACGAGAGUAAUUUAAUUAAUGGUAAUACAGAUUUAAAGUUUGGCGAGGAUGAGCCUAAGAAUUUUCAAGCAUAUUUUGAUCAAAAAUUAAAUGAAAUGAAAGCUGACAGUGAUGAUGAUGAUGAUGAAGACGAUGACAGAGAAACUGAUCACCCAGAAGGAAAUGACGACGAGGAAAAAUGGACGUCCCCGAUUCCCAAAGAAUCCUACAGAAUACUACUUCAAAUAUUUGCUUAUGGGGAUCGAUUGUUGAAACAUAAUUCAAAGCCACUUAAAAUACAAGUUUUAGAGGUAAGUUCAUUAGUUGUCCCCCUUUUAUUUACGCAAUAUAAUUCAAUGUUGCCACAAAUCGCUCAAACAUGGGAUUCAGUAGUUGAAUGUACUUUUGAUAAAGAUUAUGCUAUUGUAAACUCUGCUUGUAACUGUAUCAAAGAAAUGAUACAUUAUUCCGGAGAUUUUUUGACCAAAAGAUUCAUAGACUUAUGGAAACAGCUUCAGAAACGAUGUGUACUGUUACAAGAAAUAUCUUCUCGUAUACAGUCAGCCGUAAUGCACUCUCCAAUAUCCGAAAGUCAAGAUGUCAUAAUAAUAAUUAAGCAUCCUGCUGUCAUACAAGGAGCACUAACUUCUCUGUGCUUGAUGCUUUUAGAAGGUAUGAUCAUUUCGGAAAUGCAAAUAUCUGAAGACACUUUGCAAGAAAUGAUCUGUUGUUGUACUCAAGUAAUCCCAAGGGAUCAAAUUACAGGAAAAUCAUUAUUGAUAGGUGAUAUCAUGAGUAACAUUAAAUAUGUAACGAUCUAA